GCGAGGCGUUUUGUUUUGCAAUGGAACCAGCUAGACUCCAACCCAACACAUUAGUCCUACCACGUCAACCUCUCAUUUGCCUUUUUAACCCUACUCCUCCCCACGCCACCCCAAAAUCAUUCUUCUCACGCGCAGAGUUGAACAUACAAAAUAUAUGGUAUGGAGGGUCUGAUUCCAUAUGUGUACAAAGCUAUAAUGCAGUACAAAAAUGGAGGACAAGGAGAGAAGGGGGCAUGGCUAAAUGAAUCGCCUUCUGCUUCCUACGUAAGACUUCCCGGCGACUCGGGACGGUUCCAAACUUCGGAUAUACAGCUUUUGUCUACUUCUUCUCCACCUUCCUCCGCCACAAACAUGGUGGUAGCAACCGGAGUAAAGUCACCGGGGAGCCAUUUGACCUUUCGCCGUGCCACCAACUGAUGUUACGUGCCCAAGGCCAAGGAAAGCUAUAUUAACGAAUUUCGUUUUGGAAGUUAUGUAUUAUUAAUAUGGUUCGCAUUUUUGUGUUGUGUAAUAUGAUAUCUGGA